AUGAAAUUCCUCCUUGUUCUGUUGCUCUUGGUAUACUGUUGCCAUGGAACUAUCUCAUGUCCAGAACUUUGCACAUGCUACCCAAGAAGGGCUGAGGUGGUCUGUAAUGAGGUCCCUCUCACAGACUUUCCUUCUGAAGAUCUCUCCAGAAACACCACUUCCUUGUCCAUCCAGUUCACCAACAUCAGCUUCAUCUCUGAAGACCAACUCACUGCUCUACCUGCUUUGGAAGAGCUGCACCUGUAUCACAACCAACUGAAGAGGCUUCCCUCCAAUCUUUUCCGUGGGGUUCCACGCCUGCGCAUUGUGGACCUCACAGGAAACCAGCUAAAUCAUCUCCCCGAAAAGGUCUUCAGUCAUGCUCCACUGCAAAGUCUGGUUCUCAAAAGAAACUUGAUCCAGAGUGCAGAUGCUGGGUGGUUGCCAGAGGACAGUAAUGUCACCUGGCUGGAUUUAUCAAAUAACCGCUUAACUGCUGCACCAACAGUCCUUCUGCAGAGGCUUCACCACCUAGAGAUUCUAGACCUCUCCCACAACCGCCUGGAGAAGUUGGCUGGUGAUUCACUAAGCCCUCUGACCAAGCUUGAGAGACUCAAGUUGCAGGGAAACAAACUGAGCAGUCUAGAGCCAGGAACCUUCAGCACCAACGGGAAUCUGACUCACCUGUACCUGUCAGAAAACCGACUGGAGAAGCUUCCCCUAGAUGUCUUCGAAGGGCUCCACAGUCUUAAGGACCUUAGUCUGAAUGACAACCGGUUAAGUCACAUCCCUCCUGGUGUCCUGGACCAUCUCAUCUCUCUGGAAUGUAUUGGACUGGACCUUACUCUCAACCCAUGGGUGUGUGAUGGAAAGAUGGAGUACCUUUGGAGGUGGCUGCAGAAGAACAAGGAGAAAACCUUCCUGGUAGAAAACACCACAUGUGCCAGUCCCAAGUCCUUAAAAGAGCGUCCAGUUCUAUCAUUGACCAAAAGUGAACUAAAUGCUCAGACACCUUUAGAGCUGUACAGCAAUUGGUGCAAAUACAUGUGUGGGUGGUUAAUUGUCCAUAACUUGAUGUUUGACAGCAAACUGCAAAGACAUGUCAACUAG